AUGCAGCGCUUCCUGAAGUACGGCAUCGCUGGCCUCUGUCUCUUCGUGUUUGGGAUUAUGUUCGGAUGGCUGAUUUUCCCCAAGGUGCUCAAGUCGAAAAUUCACUCGCAAGUAGCCUUAAAGCCAGGAUCGGAUAUGCGAGGAAUGUGGAGUAAAUUACCAUUUGCGCUCGAAUUCCGAGUCUAUUUGUUUAACGUUACGAAUCCGGAUGAAAUAAAAGCAGGUCAGAAACCUAUUCUCCGUGAAGUCGGGCCUUUCUUCUUUGAGGAGUGGCAGGAAAAAACUGAGCUAAUCGAUCGGGAGGAAGACGAUUCGGUAGAGUUUAGUAUAAAGAACAAAUGGAUAUUUAAAUCGGAAAUGAGCGAAGGACUUACCGGAGACGAAGAGCUUAUAUUGCCACACAUUUUCAUAUUGGCUAUGGUCAUGACAACGUACAGAGAAAAGCCCACGAUGCUUCCUGUCAUCAAUAAAGCAAUUAACAGUAUAUUUAAGAACCCGAGCAACAUUUUCAUAAAGAUGAAGGCCAUGGAUCUGUUGUUUUAUGGUUUGCCGAUCGACUGUACUGUGCAGGAUUUCGCUGCUACCGCUGUCUGCACAAUGCUGAAAGAUUCUACCGAUCUUUUAAAGGACGGCGAAGAUAAAUAUAAAUUUUCACUUUUUGGAGCGAAAAACGAUACGUCGUCAAAGUCACGUUUGCGCGUGCUGCGGGGGACGAAAAACCUAAUGGACGUUGGUGUGGUCGUUGAAUUCAAUGGAAAGCCAAACAUAUCCUUAUGGGACGAUGAUUAUUGCGAUACUUUUAACGGAACGGAUGGCACUAUCUUUCAUCCCUUUUUUUACGAGAGCGAGGAUGUCGUUUCGUUCGCCCCGGAUCUCUGCCGCAGCCUAAGCACAACGUUCAGCGAGAAAGUUCAUAAUUCAGGAAUGAUUCUGAAUCGCUACACGGCUUUCCUCGGCGAUCCAAACACGAUUCCCUCGCAGAGGUGCUACUGCCAAGCCCCGGACAAGUGCCUGAAGAAAGGAGUUAUGGAUCUUUACAAGUGCGCCGGUAUUCCUCUCGUAGCCUCGCAUCCCCACUUUUAUCUCGGUGAUAAAGACUACUUAGACAUGGUAGACGGCCUUAAUCCAUCAAAGGAAGAGCACGGCAUAUUCUUGGACAUGGAGCCAUUCAGCGGCACUCCCCUCACCGCGAGGAAGCGCUUGCAAUUUAACAUAAUGAUUCACAAACUGGAAAAGUUCAAGAUUAUGAAACAGUUCCCCGAUGCUUUAUUGCCGCUAUUUUGGGUCGAAGAAGGCGUAGCGUUGCCCCAGAACUUUGUGGCGCAAGUAAAAACCGGCAUUCAGGUCGUUACCAUCGUAACUUGGAUCAAGUGGAUAAUGGUAGUUUGUGGAUUCGGGCUGUGUGGUAUUGCAGGAUUUAUGUACUACCGGAUGAUCCAGCAAUCGAACAAGCUCGAGAUUACCCAGGUGGCAAGUGCCAAGGCCAAGUCCAGCAUUUCCGAGCAGACAAUGGAGCCGAUAGACGCGAGCAAUUUGCAAGCAAGCAAUGUCCUACCGCAAGUCAAUUGA